AUGGAGAAGCUCUCAGACUACGCUAUCACAUCCUACACCCCUACUCUCGCCGCAUUACUACCGAGCAGCCGCGCUUGCUCGACAUCCUCACCCAGCCUGCUUACCGUGGGUCAAGCGGCUACACCCAACAUGAAUCUCUUGCCUGGAACAACCACCGAACUAGCCAAGAUCAAGGAGCGUAUCCCUUCAGGAAUCAGCUGCAAGCAACUGGACGGCGAGAGCGCCCAGGUUUUGAGCGUACUCGAUGCGAUGAAGAGUUACUCAUGCGUUCACCUAGCCUGCCAUGCACAUCAGAACCUAACUCACCCAACCGAGAGCAGGUUUUAUCUUCAUGACGGCACUCUCACCCUUCGUGACAUCAUGCAACAAUCGUUCAAACACAAGCAUCUCGCGUUUCUCUCUGCGUGCCAGACUGCCAAAGGAGACAACGGGCUUCCUGACAAAGCAGUGCAUCUAGCCUCGGGGAUGCUGAUGGCCGGGUAUCCGAGUGUAAUUGCCACGGUGUGGUCGAUAGCUGACGUCCAUGCUCCGACGAUCGCUGAUGAGGUAUAUGCUCGGCUGAUGAAAGAAGGGAGUAUUGGGCCAGGACCAGCAAAAUUACCGGGUGCUGGGGCCGAUGUGGAGGAGGACUGCAUCAUCUGUGGCGAGAGCCUUUCCUUCUCCUUUCGACUUCCUGGCGAAAAGCCUCAUAUUGUUCCCGAGUGUGGACAUGCCUUGCACGAGGCAUGCUUUACCGCAGUCUAUGGCCAGGUGAACCAGUCACGGAUGGAAGCACUGCCGCGCAAGAAUCUGGGAGUGUGUGGGGUCUGUCGCAAGCCUAUCCGGGUUGGAGAUGGAGACGGAGCCAAGUCGAACAAAUUGGCCGCGCUGACCGGAAUGGGCGAUAAAAAUGCGACCUCGAUGUUUCCUGGCCGAGAGCAGACACCCGGACCUUUGCGCUACACACCAACACCUCGAGCUGCACCCACCCCUGCCCCCCAUGACCCCACCGACGACGACCCACUGGAACCCCCCACCAAUGCUAGUGUUCGCUCAGGUGGCAGCGCCAGCUCGGAUUACGUCGUUGCUCCCUCUAUAUCCGUCCGCUCAGAGUUCCCAUCGAUUACCCGCACCCAUGAACCCACACAGAGCAUCACAUGCCCCAUUACCGUCGAGCUGCCCAGUCGCCGAGGAAGUGCCCCCGUACCAGGUCCGGUCAUCACAGCCCCGCAGCGAUACACCACUCCUCCGCCCACCGGUGACGCACCCGGUCCAUACAGCUACAACGCCACACCCCCUACCAACACCCCGUUCGCCCGAGUAGCCGAAGACCUGCAAAACAGACUAGUGGACUGGAAGGGUCACCCGAUGGACGCACUCGGCCACUUGCAAAUGUUCGACAUUCUGUCUGUGCGCCGAGAUUCGCUUGUGAGGGAGUUCUACGUAUAUCUGUUCAAGGAAGCUAUCAUAUGCGUGCUGGAAGAGAAGAAGAAAACCCUCGGCCGGCUAUUGCAAACUGGCUCUGACGCUGGGUCAUUUGAUGGCUCUUCGCUUGCGAGCGGGGCAACCUCUCCUGGUCCGUUUGGUUCCAAGUCGGUUCUGCGCCUCAAGGGUCGGAUAUACAUUCGUCAUAUCAAACGGCUAUUGGACACUUCGGUCGCGGGCGAGCUCAGUCUGACGAUUGAUAUGGAGGACGAGCGACUGGAGUCAUUUAUCCUCAUAUUCCGCGAUCACUCGUCCCUCGAGAACUGGCGCGCAACCAUCCAAGGCCUUGUCAAUGCCCAACGAGCGGCAAACAACAUCCAGAUACAAGAUCUCGUCGAAUUUGGUGGGGCGGCUCAGGCUGGAGGAGAAGGGACGAGGGCGAGGAGUGCAGCGACGACGGCGUCGAGCAUUGGUGCGGAUUCGCUACUCCAUUCCGGACAACGGUCCACGCUCAGUUCCACUGCCUCUUCCGCAGGCGGCGGGUACCCUUCGUACUCCAAGUCUCCGGAACCGUAUGUGCAUGUUGCCCCCCAUGUCAGUACCGGGCCGUCCAAUGCUUUGCCGCCUCUACCCCAUGGACCGAUGGACGUUAUCGCCGUGGUCUCCCUCCCUCCCCCCUCAGCCAACCCGUCAACCGCACAGCUCAAACAUAGGGUGAUUCGCAAUGCGCUCGAUUUCCUUGUCGCUUCGCUCGGUCCGAGGGACCGAUUCGCGCUGGUCACCUUCCAAGUCGGCAAGUCCGGACGAGUACGCAAGACCCCGUUCCUGUCGAUCGGCCGCCCUGGCUCGGUCACCCGUCUAUCGGGAUUCAUCGAAUCGAUGGCGAACCCCCCACCAGACAACUCGGACGAGUUCUCGGUCACGUCCGCCAAGGACGAGAUAGUCGACGUCGUGACUGCGGUCAACCACGGACUGGACACGGUCCUGCAGCGAAAACAAAGGAACCCGAUCAGCGGGAUGGUGCUCGUAUGCGAUGCGUCGGACACGUCUCGCAAGCCGCAGAUGGACUUGCUCAUGGCUCGAACGGAAGCCGCGUCGCUCCCGAUCCAUUCGUUUGGGUACGGCAAGAGCCACGACCCCGGUCCGUUAUGGCUGAUAUCGAACGCGACGGGCGGGAGCUAUACGUUUGUGCGCGACUGGUACGAGCUGCAGGACUGCUUGGCCGGGUGCGUGGGCGGGAUGAUGUCGAUCGGGGUCAUGAACUUGCGGAUGCAUGCCAAGGUGCUCGACCACUCGAGGUUCAGGAUCAAAAAAGUGGCAGGGGUCGGCGGCGCGGUGGUCGCCAGCUCGGGACUGGACGUAGACGUGACUCUGCCGGCGCUCCGGUUUGGCGAACGGCGCGAGCUCAUUGUGGAGCUCGAGCUGGACAACCGUGCACCCCUGGGCGGGUCGUCGCAUCAUCGGGAAGAGUCCAUGUCGGCGACGGACGCGUUUGUGCAGCGCAUGGGGCUGGGGAUCGACGGGCUCUCGCUUUCGGAUGCGGCGCUUGGCGAAGGGAUGAUGGAUGCGAUGAUCGACGAGGCUCCGGUGUUCGAGGUGGACGGCGGGUUCUUUGAUCCUAGCACCGGGAAGACCGUGACGCGACUGGGCCAUCCUGUGCUCCUCACGUUGGCAAUUAACCCGCCAAACGAGCGGACUAUGCAGCAACCGUGGUCGGACGCAUCGAUUGUACGAAGGCGGGCGGAGUUGCUGUCGCACCAGAUGAUCAUGCGCGCGAUUGUGUUUGUAGGACGACGAGACUUCAACCAUGCCAUUCAGCUACUCGUCGGUACCCGGACGGCCCUCACGAACAUGCUGAACACGUCGCUCCCCCCUCCGACAUCCCGAACGACGAGAAAGGAGCUGGUGACGCUGGCAGCGGUGAGGGUGAUACAGAGUGCGAUGGCGGAUGUGAGCGUUCUUAUCGAUGCGUUGGAGGAGAACCCUGAGGGGUUCGGGCGGGAAUGGCGACCGUUUGGUGCGCAGCAGGCGAUGGUGUUCCGAGACCAGCUGAGCUGGACAGGACGAACGACGACUGAAAAGAUAUUCUGGUGUGCGGAUCAUUCGAUCGAGUUGUUUGGACGGAGCUCCGAUUGGGCUGCGUCCUCGUAG